GAGAGUUGUUUUACGCGUUCGCAGACGUACGUGGUGGUGCUUUAAAUAAGAUUGUACAGUGGUCCUUGGAUUUCGAGUAUUUUCCUGUAAAUUCCACGACCUCCAUUGACGACAGCUAUUCCUUCAUAAAUCCACAAGAACAAAAGGAGAAUCAGAUGGCGAUAUAUUACGAGAAGUCACCAGUGUUAGACAACGGCACAUGUGUCCCGCCAACAGAGGACCCUCUGGCAGACCAAAUCCCCUGGGAGGCACGCUUUCCAGGAUUUGCAACUUGCAGGAUUGAAAACUAUGUAGAUCUUCAUGAAGAACUUGGCUUUGUCUCUGCACGGAUCCUCUCGAUAGAGGGACAGUUUCAUACAACAGGCUGGAUCCCCAUCAUAUAUUCUUCUAUUGAAGGUGCAGAACGGCAUAGGACUAUUGCAACCACUUUUCUUCGGUUCGCACCCGUAGUUUUUGAAGCUGCCGACUAUCUAUGGAGAAGACUCAAAGACAUGCUACAAAAAAGAUAUUUCAAGGCAGACCUUAGUCUUGGCCAUAGUGAUCCUUCCGAUGACUCGAAUUGGCUCCUCUUGUCGAUGCAUGUACGCCGUGGCGAUUUUAUCACUGACAAGCAUGGUUGGCAAGAGUUUGACACUGAAUGGAUGAUUUCUUGCGUCAAGGACGCUGUCGAGUCUGUAUUUACGGAUGUGACAGAUGAAAAUAUUAACAAAAGCAUAGACGAGGCUUCCAGGCUCUUUUAUAUGGCUACAGAUGAAGUAUCACCACAGAUUAUCGAAUCCUUCCGUUCUCUUGGUGCAGUUUUCGUUAAAGACCUGAUGGAUGGAUACUUUAUGGAGAGGUUUGGCCACUUGGUAGUCUUUGAAGAUUGGCUCGGUCUUGUCGAGCAACUAAUAUGCGCUCGCGCUACGCGGUUUUAUGGCACUAUGUCCAGUAGCUUCACAGGCGGGAUUGUAAACCUUCGCUUCGCGCAAGACUAUCAAAGUCGCAUUCGCCCUCCAUUUAUCAACGAAAAGGUCAAAGAACGACAUAAUAAUUAUUUUUUCAAGCCUGGUACUGACAGACUAUUAACUAAAGAACAGAAGCAACUUGGUAUACCAUGAGGAGCUUGUCACGAAA